AUGAGCGCUGGUGGAUACAGCUCCGGCUACAUGGGAUCGAACGCGUCAUUUUCUGGAUAUGCCCGUGAAGACUAUGCUUCCGGAGGAAGUGAUGGAGGAGCCAGCAACAACCAAAACCAAGGAUCGGGAGGAAAUACCAACCCAGGAAAACAAGUCUUCAAGGCUCGAGAUCGCAAGAGAGAGGAGAUCAUAAUAAACACUAUAAAAUACGAGACUACUUAUUCAAUAACAAGAUACGAAGCAGAUGAGUUCUUUCGUUGGACGCAAUUGAAGUCGUUGAGACUGUUGGAACUGUCAUUACGGGUGAUUUGGUUUUGCGGUGCAGGAGAUUCAGAUGACGUUGAUGUCUUUCUCGAGACUGGUGGCGUGGAAGUCAUUGAUAAUGCUGAUUUUGAAGUAUGA